AUGAGCUCUGAUACCCUUCCGAGAGACUUUCUUUGGGGAUAUGCUACUUCAUCCGGACAAAUCGAAGGCUCACCAGAAGUCGAUGGCCGUGGGCUGUCCAUCUGGGACACCUUCUCCCGCCAGGGCAACACAACAGAAGAUGGAAGAUCCAGCGACUUUGGGACAGAUAGUUACAUACGCUGGAAAGAGGAUAUUGCCCUCAUGAAGAGCUACGGCGUAAAUUGUCACCGCUUCUCCAUCUCCUGGUCCCGAGUAAUCCCCUUGGGCGGCCGCACCGACCCCAUUAACCCGGCCGGGAUACCCUUCUACAGAACCUUCAUCCAAUCCCUCCUGGAAGCCGGCAUCCAGCCCAUGCCGACCCUGUUCCACUGGGACCUUCCACAGGCCCUGCAAGACCGCUACAAAGGCUUCCUGAACAAGGAAGAGAUAGUGGCCGACUUCACACACUACGCCCGCGUCGUCUUCGAGGGACUAGGCGAUCUGGUGAAAGUCUGGGUGACGAUAAACGAGCCGAACGUAUACGCUGCUCUCGGUCACUGCAUCGGCGCGCAUGCUCCGGGGAGGUCGAGCGAUCGGACGAAGAGCCCGGAGGGGGACAGUCUCGUCGAACCGUACAUCGUCGGGCAUAACCUCUUGCUGGCGCACGCCGCGGCGGUGAAAGUUUACAGGGAGGAGAUCGCCCAGCAGGGCGGGAGUAUCGGGUUGGUUAUCAACGCGAAUUGGGCAGAGCCGUACGAUCAGACGGAUCAGAGCAUCGCUGCGGCGGAAAGAUACUUCACCAUCUGCUCGCUCUGGUUCGCUGACCCGGUGCACAAGGGCGACUACCCGGACCUUCUGAAAGAAAUUCUCGGAGACAGGCUUCCGGAAUUCGCACCCGAAGAGAAGGUCCUGCUGAUGGGCUCGAGCGACUUCUUCGGAUUGAACCACUACACUACGUACUAUACCAAAGUUCGCACUACACCGGCCGCACCAACGGACUUCAGAUCGCAGUUCUUCCACGACGUCGAGGAGACUAUCACCAGCCCCGAUGGGAAAGAAAUCGGACCAGAGGCCGGGUUACCUUGGGUCCGACCGGUACCCUGGGGAUUCAAGAAGGUCCUGAGAUAUUUGUGGGAGAGGUACGGGAAGGAUAUUUAUGUUACUGAGAAUGGCGUCAUCUGCCCCGGUGAAAAAGACAUGAAGAAGGAAGAAGCCGUCGAAGAUGACUUCAGAAUUGACUACUACCGUAGCUAUAUCAACGUCAUGGCCGAGUUGAUUAACGAAGGCGUUCCGAUAAAGUCUUAUCUUGCUUGGACAUUUGCGGAUAAUUUUGAGUGGCAAGAGGGAUAUACGGCCAAGUUCGGCGUCACAUUUGUCGACACGGAGACCGGAGACCGGACGCCGAAGAAGUCGGCCGGCUUCUUGAGGGAGUUCAUGGGCAAGAAGAUGGGUAAACACGAGGCAUCACUCGAUGGGGGAAUUCCGGACAAGACAUAGUUGACCGAGUGGAAAAUUGAAUGAGAUCAAAGUCCUAACAUAACGGACUUGAUUUGGGCAGCCACGGUAUGGCUGGCUUCAUGCCGGUCCGGUACAGCACA